UAUAGAGAGAGAGAUUUGGGAUUACUUUGAUUUUGAUUUUUGAAUGUAGAUUUUGUUGUGUUUCUCAAUGUGUUCUUGUUCUUGUCUUCUUCUGUGAAAGCCACAGUACUUUAACUAGUGACUAUUUUCAAACUAGGUGCUUUGUAACAGCUACUUGUUCUACUUCCAGUUCAAAAUUCUUCUCAUUUUCUUACAAAAUUUUGAUUUGGGGGUGUUUCUUGAUUUGCAUUUCUUAUAAAAUUUUGAUCAAGUUGCUAUCUUUUUUACCAAAAGGAAGGUCUUUUUGAUUAAAAGACCUUCAGUUUGAGAGGGGUUUGGAAGGAUUUAGGAUCAAGCUGUGUUUGGUUCCUUUCAGUUGAGGAAAAGGGGGCUAUACUGAUUGUUUCUGAGUUUUAAAGGUUGGUUCUUUAGCAUUUAUUUUUCAUUUUCACUUGAUCUUAAGAUUGGAUAAGCUAUUUAAGUUUUCAAUCUAGGUGCUGUGUAACAGGCUGACAGCUACAUUUAGCUGCUGCUCUUGUUCAAAAUUCUUCUCAUUUUCUGUCACAAAAAACCCAAAUUUCCUUUUGGAAGAUGGCUAACAUGUGUUUUCUUGUUUUUGGUCAUCAUUGAGAUUUGAGCUUUGGGGGUGUUUCUUGAUUUACAUUUCUUACAAAAAAAAUUCUGAUCAAAGUAUCUAUCUUUUUACCAAAAGAAAGGGCUUUUUGAGAAAAAGACCUUCAGCUUGAGAGGGGUUUGGAAGGAUUUUAGGAUCAAGCUAUCUAGUAUCUUUGUUUCUGUGUCUUAAAGGUUAGUUCUUUACCUUUUUCUUCACUUGAUCUUAAGAUUAGACAGCUGAGAGUGUGAGAAAAAGGGGGUCUUGAUUUUUUUUCAAAUCAUGGAUAAAUCUAGAGGAUUAGAGAGUGAUCAUUAUUCUUGGGAUUUAUUUUGCUGAUUGUGAUAUUUGCUUAUAGAAACAGUAAUGCAAGUCUUUAAGUGGCUGCUAAAGCUUUGAGUGACUUGGAUGACAGCCAAAAGACUAGUCAAUUAGAGUUGUCCUCGGCAGUGGUGUAAAAUCUGAUCCUUCACCUCUACUUCAUAUCAUGGUGGAUGAUAAAGGCAACUUGUCGGUUGAAGAGUGGCUCUCGCGUGCACAAGAGCUUGUACCUGUUGCACUUGAGAAGGCAAAAGAGGUUAAAGGAUUCCUUGGUAGAUGGAGGAUGAUUAUUUCAAAAUUGGAGCAGAUCCCAAAUCGACUGUCUGAUUUGUCCAGCCACCCUUUCUUCUCUAAGAAUGCUCUUUGUAAGGAGCAAUUGCAGGCGGUAUCAAAGACAUUGAAUGAAGUUGUUGAAUUGACAGAGAAGUGCAUGAAAGAGAAGUAUGAGGGAAAACUUCGGAUGCAAAGUGAUUUAGAUGCAUUGUCAGGGAGAUUGGAUUUGAACUUGCGUGAUUGUGGGCUCUUAAUCAAGUCUGGAGUGCUUGGUGAGGUUACUUUGCCGUCAUCUGUUGCAAGCACAUCUGCAGCACCUGAGGUAGUAGUAUAUGGAAAUUUACGAGAAUUGCUUGCUCGGCUUCAGAUUGGCCACUUGGAGUCUAAACAUAAGGCCCUUGAUAGCCUUCUUGAAGUCAUGAAAGAAGAUGAGAAAAAUGUUUUGGCUGUUCUAGGUCGAAGCAAUAUUGCAGCUCUAGUCCAAUUAUUAACUGCUACUUCUCCUCGAAUGAGGGAGAAGACAGUAACUGUAAUUUGCUCGCUUGCAGAAUCUGGGAGUUGUGAGAAUUGGCUUGUUUCAGAAGGUGUGCUCCCUCCUCUUAUACGUCUUGUUGAAUCUGGUACAACUGUGAGUAAAGAGAAGGCCACCAUUUCUCUCCAGAGAUUGUCAAUGACAGCAGAAACAGCUCGUUCUAUUGUUGGACAUGGUGGGAUUAGGCCUCUAAUCGAGAUCUGCCAAACUGGUGAUUCUGUUUCUCAGGCAGCUGCUGCUUGUACCCUGAAAAAUAUUUCUGCUGUUCCUGAAGUUCGACAGGCUCUAGCUGAAGAAGGUAUCAUAAAAGUUAUGAUAAAUCUCCUAGAUUGUGGAAUACUGUUGGGAUCUAAAGAGUACGCAGCUGAAUGCUUGCAGAAUCUUACUUCCGGAAAUGAGGAUCUCCGAAGAUCAGUUGUAUCAGAGGGUGGAAUAAGAAGCCUGUUGGUAUACUUGGAUGGUCCACUGCCCCAAGAAUCAGCCGUAGGGGCCUUGAGAAAUUUGGUUGGAUCCGUGUCAAUGGACGUUUUAAUCUCGCUUGGUCUCCUUCCAAGGUUGGUCCAUGUUCUCAAGUCAGGAUCACUUGGUGCACAACAAGCUGCAGCAUCAGCAGUGUGUCGAAUUUGCACCUCAACGGAGAUGAAGAGACUUGUGGGUGAAGCUGGAUGCAUUCCUCUCCUUAUUAAGAUGCUGGAGGCUAAAGCGAAUGGGGUGAGGGAGGUUUCUGCUCAAGCAAUUGCUAGCCUAAUGUCCCUUGCGCACAAUUGUAGGGAAGUCAAGAGAGACGAUAAAAGCGUGCCAAAUUUGGUUCAGCUGCUUGAUCCAGCUCCUCAGAACACUGCUAAGAAGUAUGCUGUUUCUUGUCUUUCCUUGCUUUCCUCGAGCCAGAAAUGCAAGAAACUGAUGAUUUCCUAUGGAGCAAUUGGCUAUCUAAAGAAGCUUACCGAGAUGGAUAUUCCAGGUGCAAAGAAGCUACUCGAACGCUUGGAGAGGGGGAAAUUAAAAAGCUUGUUUAGCAGAAAAUAGGUAGGCCAAAAAUUCACUGUCUUGUACAAUGAAAUCUUACUCUUAGUCCAAUCCAUGAUCAUAAUAUCAAAUGUAGCUCAAGGGGGGAGAUUUGUGGUGUAAAACCCUGUUGGUCUAUGCUGGUCAAGGGUUUAAAUAAACCUCCUGACCAUUUGCAAUAACUUCUCUCAAGUACUAUUUAUCAGUUUCUUAUCGACUAAAAGCAAAAUGGUUAUGUUGUCA